UAGGGACCGUUGCGGCCUGAUGCUGAAGGUUUCGUGGAGCGGAGCUGCGAGGGGGGGGGGGUGCGCGAUAAAGCGGGGCGAAGAAGCGUCUUUGCUUGGCGGAUCGCGUCCUGCGCAUCCUCAUGUACAUAUCGCGCGGGCCUUGAGAACGGGCCUUUGGCCCACGAAUCUCGUCCUAUCGCGCUCGUCUCUUUGUCGCUAUGCCGAUACCCCGCAUGCUGGGUCUUCAAAUCGCUCGGGGGAAACUAUACGUCGAUGCUGCUAGAGCUGCGGUGAAGGUUCAAGCUCAAGACACGUGAAAGGACGCAUCCUGCAGUCAGCCGCGAUCUCGGAGGAAUUCGCCUUUCCAAUCUUCCGGGCCCACGUAAAGGAUGCUCUCGCGCCCCCCCUGUACUCUAAGGGAUCGACGCACAUUAUCUCCAACCUCACUGGGCUGCGCAGGGAGCACACGAACAUGCGGAAGGAUCUUGAAGAUGGCGCGAACGCAUAUUCCAUCCGGAUGUCGACGGCCGUAGGCAGCAUAUGGUCAGAUCAUCACGGUCCGUCGAAUCGGGCUCCAGGUAUGAGAUCUUCAUCUAUACCCAAGAUCACAGCGCGUUACGGCAGAGCGAGCGUACGGACGACUUCUCGCUUCUAGGUGGCUUCUAUGUCCGACCCGGCCUGCUGACCUGCCAGGCGCGAGAGCGUCGUCGUCGUCGGGCACCACCGCAAGGAGGAGCGUGGUGAUCGUUCGUCACAUGCUUCGGGUGUCAUUCACGAUGGGUGCGUGCCUUACGUGAACGAGAUGGGGCCGCCUGCGACAUGCAACACGCUUUCGCGGUUCGGUAUGGUGCCGACCGUCUUCAGGCACGCGAUUCUGCGAAGGUACAGCGAAGAGACACGUAAACGCUGCCCCCAUCGCGAGCCGACGAAGACCCAGGGUGUGCCUUCCGCACUCCAGCCAUAGUCCGGGGACUCGAUGCACCACGAGACCCAGUCCUCUCUCUCACGGAAUCCGCACUCCACGCUCUCGCGCGAACCCUCCGUACGCGCAUUGCCACACCGGGCAUCCUGCUACCGGAUGCACAUCCCUGCUGCCCCCUUUCUUCCUCGCCGAGAGACGCCUUUCUACUGCUACUCCGGGGGGAAGAAGUGACGGACUGGAUGAUAAACGGGGGGCAAGAACGUGCCGGUAUCGGCGUCCAAGAUUCGUCGGCGUUCAAGCAAGCAGGCGCGAUGCGUCUGUCGCCGAGGAUGCGCGACCCGUUCGCCAUUCAUCGCGUUUCCACUUCAUCUCACCCGACUCGGCGCUGCCGGCUUCAGCUUCAGGGGUGCCAUCCGCGCGAGAGCUCACUUGACCCUCCUGCGCAGACGCAGAAGCCCUUCCGCUCCGGACCGCGUUCUCUCUCUCUCACGGACAUUGACUCCC